AUGGUUGCUAAAAUAGCAAUUCCGGUCGUGUCCCUCCUCCUGGUGGUGGGCAUCGUCAUCGGCGUCGUCGCCUCCGUCAACCGGAGCGCCAAAGACCCCGCCGCCGACGAGAACCUCUCCCCUCACAUGAAAGCAGUCACACAAAUAUGCCAGCCCACCAACUACAAAGACGAGUGCAUGAAGACCCUGAGCGGCGCCAACUCCACCGACCCAAAAGACCUCAUCAAGGCCGGCAUCCUCGCCGUCGCCGAGUCCGUGAAGAAGUCUUUCAACAUGAGCGACGACCUCGUCGCCAAGGCCGAAAACGAGUCCAACAGGACGAAAACCGCCUUGUCGGACUGCAAGGAGCUCCUGCAGGACGCCUCCGACAAGCUCCAGGACAUCAUGGAUAAGGUCGGCGCGUCCGACAUCAGCACCAUCGCCAACCGGUCCGAGGAUUUCAGGAUCUGGAUGAGCUACGUCAUCAGCUACCAGGAGCUCUGCGUCGACGGGUUCGACGAGGACAGCACCGUCAGGACCGACGUCAGGCAGAGCACGGAGGUCGGGAGUCAGCUGACCGACAACGUGCUGACCAUCCUGGGCGGGAUCCAGCAAGUCCUUAGCUCGUUCGGAUUGAAGCUGAACCUGACCAGCCUGGCAGCCGCCGGCGGUAGUCAAGAGGAUCACCACCGGAAGUUGUUGUCGAAAGAGAACGGCGGGUAUCCGACGUGGAUGUCGGCGGCGGACAGGAAGCUUCUGGCAUCGAACCCUAAGAUGACGCCCAAUGCGGUGGUCGCCAAGGACGGGAGCGGCCAGUACAAGACCAUCUCCGCCGCCCUGGCGGCUUACCCCAAGAACUUCCAGGGGAGGUAUGUGAUUUACGUGAAGGCCGGAGUUUACGCCGAGCAAGCCAAAGUGGCCAAAGGAAUGAAGAACGUUUACAUGUACGGCGAUGGACCGAGGAAGACCAUUGUCACCGGUCAUUUGAGCUAUGCCAAGGACGGCCUCGGCACCUGGAAGACCGCUUCCUUCAUUGUGGAGGAGGACGGGUUCAUCGCCCGGUCAAUGGGGUUCCAGAACACGGCCGGACCGGAAGGCCACCAGGCCGUGGCGGUCCGCUCACUGUCCGACCGGUCCGCAUUCAUCAACUGCAGGCUGGACGGAUUCCAAGACACACUGUGCUACCAAGGCGGCCGCCAGCUGUUCCGCAACUGCGUCCUAUCCGGAACCAUCGACUUCCUCUUCGGAUACGGCGCCGUGGUGGUGCAGAACUCGCUCAUCAUCGUCCGGAAGCCCAUGGAGAACCAGUUCAACACGGUGACGGCCGACGGCAGGAAGGAAAGAGGGCAGCCGACGGGGAUCGUGAUCCACAACUGCAGGAUCGUCCCGGAGCAGAAGCUGACGCCGGACAGGCUCACGGUGAAGACGUACCUGGGCCGGCCGUGGAAGGCGUACGCCACCACGGUGGUGAUGGAGUCGCAGCUCGGUGAUCUGAUCCAGCCCGAAGGUUGGAAGCCGUGGGCCGGGUCCAUGUUUCUGGACACGUUGUACUAUGCCGAGUAUGGGAACCGUGGGCCCGGUGCCAGCACGGCGAGGAGGGUGACGUGGAAGGGCGUGCACAGCGUGCUGUCGAGGAGUGACGCCAUGCGGUGGACCGUUGACUCUUUUCUUCAAGGGAGGGAAUGGGUUGCUAAUACCGGGGCUAAUGUUAUUUAUGGGCUUAAAGCUUGA